UCUGUGUUUAUAGCAACUGCUCUGCUGGGUGGUGUGCUUGGGAAGAAAGAUUUUUUUUCAGAAAACAAAUCUAGCUUUACUUUGUUUCCUAUCAUUCUGGUAAUUAUCGUGAAGGAUCAUGGAACUCGAUGGAGGAAAAAUAAGUGUUUUGGAUGGUUAUUCGCCUGCCAAGAUCUUUGAGACGCGCCUCUUGGAGGUGAAGCAACACGAGAAGCAGGAGCUGUCAGCCGAGAGAGCCCAGGUCCUCUUUGAAGUCUUUGACGAAGUAUUACCCCAGCUUGGUAUCUUCAGAAAUGUUCUCAAGAUGGUGCGAGAUGAAAUAUUUGAGGCGGUCUACAGUGACCAGUAUACGAGCUCCAAGGAGACACGCACACCUUACAACACAGCGACCAACGUCAUCACCGACAGAAAAGAAGAAGACCGGACAUUUAUCCAGCGGAUCCCCUACUUCACACUGGUCCAGAGAGUUUACGCUGAGAGACACGAGGAGGCAGACAACUUGCGGGAUGAGAUCGAGAUUCUCGAGAAGCGUCUUGCCGACAAAACGCAGCAGCACGAGGAGACGGCAGCAGUCGUAGCCUCUCAGAGCACCGAGAUUGCAGAACUGAAGGACGAAAUAGUGCAGGCAUUACAGAACGUCGAAGACAGUGAGGUUGAGAUUGAGAAACUGAAGCUAGACUUGACAGAGCUGACCGAGGACACAGACAGAGAGAGAAGAAAUUUGGAGUUUCAGAAACGCAAACUGCAAGAGAGAGUCGCAACUCUUGAAAAGGAGACGGAAUUCCUGAAUCAGUACAAAAAUGGUUAUGACGCCCUGCAAGACGCCUUCAAUGCUAAGAUUGAAGAGGACAAGUACACAUCCCGGAAAUCAAGGAGAUCCGUCUUGGCUAACAAAAAGAACCACUUGCUGACCAACUUUGAUGCUGCCAAGAAGCUGGAGCGGCAGCUCUUGGAGGUGCAGAACCAGACCAUUGAGGAGUUUGAGUCGUUCCUGGAGGCCCACAAGUCCGAGCUGCAGUGCAAGGUCCUGCGGGACACUGCCGAGGGUGCCCUGCUGGACCGAGAGUACGACGAGGAGGAAAUGGAGUUGGAGAGGCUGGACACACAGCUUAGCACUGCUCAAGAUCACUUCCAGCAAACCAUCACAGCCCUGAACACAGAGCUGGACAUGAUCCGGCAGCACAGGGACGCCAUCCAACAACAGAUGGAGCAGCAGCAGGCGGAGAAGACGCGGAGCACCGGCGAGGCGGCCAAGACGCCCAGCCGGGCCCGCAGUGUGGCCUUCAAGGAGCCCGGGGACAGCAGCUCCCUGGAAGGUGGGGGCUACCGGUACGGCGAGGAGAAGGCGACCAGCACGAGCGGAAAAGAGUCUGCUCUGUCGGUGACGGAUAACUUUGUGAACGUGGACCUCCUGAGCAGCGAGAUGGACCCCUUUGUUCCCCAGGAGUCCAUCCUGAGCAAGUACAGUGUCAUGAUCUACACCACCACCAACCAGCGGAAGACCUGGCACGAGCUGAAGGAUGCCAAGUUCUGCACCAGCUGCGGGGAGAAGACAGUUUUAUGUCCACACAAAGUGAGUGGGGAGAAGGUUAUCAUGCUGCCCCAUAACUGUAGUCACAUCAAGCUGUCUCGCCCGGGGGUCCGCAUUCCCAUGGAGAGAACGCACAAAGCAGGACUCCAACCCCACCCUCCGCCAACAUUGAAAUUGUCGUCCACCCUGUUGGAGUCUGGUGAGCUGCCCGCCGGCGACCCGGCCGGCAAGCGCAUUCGCAGUCGGUACUCCGUACUGGAGAAGGACAACGAGCAGCACAUCUUCCACGGGGACUCGGUCACACCCGGCAUUGCCGACAGUGCCCCACCCUCCGCAUCCCAGAUGGGAAAGACACAGCAUUCUCAAGACCAACAGAUGAGCACCUUUGUGCCUCUGUGGGAUGACUUCAAGGGGAGAACCAGUUUGACGAGGUCCAUCCCAAAGCCAUUGGAUAUGAAGAGGACGCUUUCAAUCAUUGGCCAAUUUUACGCCCACGUCUUGUGGCAAGACGAACAUGCUUUGGAAGACGAACCGAUAGUUGGUGUGCUGAACGGUUUCUACAACUACAUGGCGGAUCGCUACAUUCUGCAAGACGUCAUGUACUUGUGCGCGUAUGAUUUCAUCUCAGCUCUCACUGACUAUUCUGCUCUGAAUAAGGCUGUUCAGAUCUUCGCACAGGUCCUUGUCGGCAACUUGGAUGCCACCGUCUUCCGAUAUCUCCUCGUCAUCAGCGAUCUGAUCGAUCGAGUUGACUGGCAAUAUGUGGAGGACUUCAAGGCAUUUGCUACGGCCAUCUAUCCAUUCUUAAAUGAGGACGACAUCGACCAGCUGCAUCUUGGCUACACAUCCUUCAGCGAGAACAAGGUCUCCAAGGCCCUGGUCUGCGAGUACUUAAUGUACAUCAUCCUCAAGUACCGAGAACCCAGAUUCCAGGACAUUGAAAGCAAGUUGUUACAGAGGCCUGGCAAAGAGCUGGGCCUGAUGAACGAGAAGGAAUUCAGCGAGGCAGUGGAUGCCAUGUCACCUCUCGCCAACGAGAAGCUGCGACAUCGUCUGUUUGCCGAGGCCCAAGCCCACUGCAGCGAGGGGGCUAAGGUAGCCAUCAUGCGGCUGUCCCAUAUCGCUAGUUACCUUCUCCUGCAGCAGGUGGCACCGCUACUGAGACAGAAGAUGGCCGAGAAGGUGGAGGAUAGUCGAAUAUUGACCAGCUCUAAUCAAGGCCAGGGAAACUAACACUAUGUGCCACGCUGCCUGGAUUUCGUGUCUCUUCAAACCUCGGGUAUGUUUUGUCGUAUUGGCUCGGAACAGACGGGUGUUACUAUCUCCAAAGUGUCUUCACGCACUCAGCCGCCUUUAUGACAUGGGGACUGGUAUUUCGUCCUCGGUGAAAAGGAUCUGGCACCAUCCCUAGAAUCACCGAGUCCCAUAUCAUUCCAUCCCGUCUAUGCGUAUCCUUGUUGUGGUUUCCACCUUUUUAUUGUUUUCAUCUGGAGAGCCAGUAAAGGUACGUAUCCUCCAGGAUUUCUACGCCUCGCCUCGCAACUCCUUCCCAGCAGUUGCCAUUUUUCAACAAUGAACUCGCUGUCAGGGUUUCAAAUCACAGGCUCUGUCUACCACCUGCCGUCUUAACCUAGCCUUCCACAGCAGUGAUUUCACCUCCCAGUGAAAGCAAUGGUCUGUGUAGAUGUAGAAAGUCUUACCACUCCUUGUUGUGUGAGGGUUGUCAAGGAAGAUGACAGAAGUGGUCGUUGCACGCACAGUCCCCUAAGUUGUACCACAACAUCAAAACUUUAACAGCAAAGCAGCUGGCUAUUUGUUGCCGUAAGGUGGCGCCUGAUUGGCCACGGACAGAAGUCCUGCAGUAGUUUACCAAUUUGCAAGUGACGUUUGUAUUCCACCUCUGUGGAAGUGGCAAGUCUCUGUCAGCUUUGAUGAGGAAAUGAUUAGACCAUAAGACACCGGUAGGAUUUCACGUGUCUGAGUCGCAAAGAAGCCAUAUGCCUAGUACGUCACAGUGUGAUCUUCACCGCUCUCUUCCGAAUUGUGAUUAAGACUCAAAAGAAUGCCUGCCCUUUAAAAAAAACGUACCUGUACGUAUCCUAGAUUAUUGUACUUUUUAGGAUGCGUACUGGCAGUUAAGGCACAAUAAACGAUGGACCUCCCCGUCCAUCCGGUCAUAUCAAUAAACUCACACAUCAUGACCAAGGCUAAGGAGGCUUUUAGAGAGCUUUUAGCUUUUAGAAAUUAGGCCAUACUGGUCCCUCCCAAAUGACCUACUGAUUGUCAACAGGCAAGCAAAAUACAGGGCUGGUACGGUUCUGCAUGAGGCUGAUAUUGCAAAUGACCUACUAAAAAUCCCAUUUCCUCAAGAUCAUCCCGACUGCAUGCACCACCCGUAUUUACCUUUGAUCACUUCGCAAGCUAAUAUCCUGCUCACGUUGAUGGAUCUAAUGAAGAUGGAUUUGACAGGUGAUUUCCUCUGCUGUCUCUGCUUUCGGAUGAAACAUCAAUUCUGCAUGGCUCAAAUAGGCUCUUCGAGACCAUUAUAAACGGGUGAGUCACGGCAGCAUCGCAAAAUUGAUUCGACUUAGAUUUUGGAAGAAGGGGAAAUGUUUCCGACUACUGGAGGAAACCAUCACAUAAGUACCAGAAGACAAUUCAUUGACAUCCUGACAUUUUUGGUGUGGGUUAAAUUGCUUGAACCAUACUAUCUGUGGUUCCUUGUUCGAGUGCACUGUCUACUGAAGGGCAGUUCCGUGUCGGAAAUACACAGACUCACGCUUAAUAACCAACGUGCUUAAGAGGAUUUAUAUCAUGCUUAAAAUCGGAAGUGCGUUUUUAGUUUGACAUUCAUCCUGAAUAAAACGCAGCUCUGUCAUCCCCUGUGGUCAUGCGGAGAGGCAGAAAAUCUCGAAGGCUGUCCAGUCACUUAUUAGUAUUCUGUUGAGUGGAAACAUUAAUGAGUACGAGCAACCAGAAAUAACCACAGCAGGUGUCAACUGGGCGGGGUUGGUAAA